CCAUUUUCUAGCAUAUUAUCCAUUCCCGCCACACCAGGGAGCAGGAGCAGGAGCAGCCAAGCUCCGGACACUGCUAGACUCACAAUGCCACUGUGCCUCCUCUCUACUCGCCCACCCUCCUCUCUCACUCUCAUCACCUGCCAAGCCUCCCCCGGCGCACUGCGCACCCACCCUUCCCCUCCUUCCACGUCAUCCCUUUCUUUGCCCCCAACCCCUCCUCCCUCGCUAACCUGCGCCCUCCAUUGCCCUCACUUCCAAUCGUGCUCCGGGUGCACUCACGAGUUCAAUCUCCACCGUCCGAUCAUCGUCGACGAAGCCACCGACUUCUUCAAAACCCUAGGUGUCUCAGACUUCACCUUCGAUACUUGUAGACUGUGGGAAUGGCGGUGCCGUGCAAAACUCGCGGUUCGCGGCUCGGCGGAAAGCCCUCUUAUCGGGCUUUAUCAGGAGGGUACUCACAAUGUAGUAGACAUUCCUCAGUGUAAAGCUCACCAUCCCAAUAUUAAUGCUGCAGUCGAAUUGCUUAGACGAGGAAUUACUGAGUUGAAUGUUGAGCCGUAUGAUGAGGAUCAGGGAACAGGUGAUUUGCGAUAUGUUCAGAUGGCGGUGACAACAUACAACACAUCCCUUCCGGCCUCUGAAAGAUAUAGAAAUGGUAAAGUACAGGUCUCUCUGGUUUGGAAUUCGAGGAAUGAGAAUUCCCCCAAUUCCGAAAAACUUAAUGCCUUGGCCAAUUUUCUAUGGAGAAAUGGUGGACCAAAGAGCAAUGUCCAUUUAAUCCAUUCUGUGUGGGCUAACUUUCAGACAUCAGCUAACAAUAUAAUUUUUGGGAAUAGAUGGAGACAUCUUUUAGGAGAGAGAGACUUUUGGGAACAUGUUGGAGGAAUUGAUAUUGCCUUGGCUCCAUCCAGUUUUGGCCAAGCAAACACACGGGCUUUUGAUAUCUUGCUCCGGAAGUUACAGAAGUAUGUUCCUUUUGGUGCAUCUGUUGCUGAUUUGUAUGCAGGAGCUGGUGUAAUUGGAUUAUCAUUAGCAGCCACUAGAAAAUGCAGGUCUGUCAAAUGCAUUGAGAUUAAUAAGGAAUCAAAGUUAUCUUUUGAGAAGACAGCUGACCGCCUGCCAAAAAUUGUAGAUAGCAGCAUCAGUUGGCAUCAUGCAGAUGCUUCAAAGGAACCUCUUUCUUGGAUGGUGGGAUCUGAUGUAAUUGUGGUUGAUCCUCCUAGAAAGGGACUGGACACAUCUCUUGUUGAUGCAUUACAGAAUAUAAAAUCAGUGAAGCAUAAAGCUAAAUCAUCAUCUGAAAGUCCACAUGAGGCCAAAGAUGAAAAGAGACCAUGGAUUUUGCGUGCAAGGGAAGAUUCAGUUCAGAUUGGAAGCAAAACAACUUCAGUGGAUAGUCAAGCACUACCUGAAACGCUUAUUUAUAUAAGUUGUGGGUGGGAAAGCUUCAAAGAGGAUUGCAAGUUAUUAUUGUCUAGUAAGGCAUGGCAUUUGGAAAAAGCCCAUGGUUAUAAUUUCUUUCCUGGCACCCAGAGCAUUGAGGUUUUAGCUGUGUUCAAGAGGGGUCAAGGAGGCCUCAAGAAAAAGAAAUUGGGAAAGAAAAAGAAGAAACGCUUGUAAGGAACACUAAGCUAUGGAUAAAGCAUGAUGGACUAAUAUCCAACUGCACUUAAGAGUAGACAAAGAAGAUGCAACUAUUAGAGAUGGGCAAAUUGCAUGCAAAAUGAGUCAUAUAGAUGAGAGAUGUCUGAAUCAGAAAGCAAUUGUCAUAGUUGGUUCCCCUGUAUUGUUGCAUUCAAAAAAAAAAUUUGUUCGUCCUUGAAGAAAUUUGUAUAAAAUAGAACAGUUACGGUAAAAUGAAGUUUGAUAUCAUUGCAUUAUCUA